AUGUCCGACGACGAGCACCACGAGACCUUCGAGGCCACCGGCGCCGGCGCCUCCGAGACCUACCCCGCCCAGUGCUCGUCCCUUCGCAAGAACGGCCACGUUGUCAUCAAGGGCCGCCCCUGCAAGAUUGUCGACAUGUCGACCUCGAAGACCGGCAAGCACGGUCACGCCAAGGUCCACCUUGUCGCCAUUGACAUCUUCACCGGCAAGAAGAUGGAGGACAUCUCCCCCUCGACCCACAACAUGGACGUCCCCAACGUUCGCCGCACCGAGUACCAGGUUCUCGACAUUGCCGACGGCUUCCUUUCGCUUAUGGACGCCGACGGAGGUGCCAAGGACGACGUCAAGCUCCCCGAGAACGACCUCGGCAACGAGAUCCAGGGCGCUUUCGACGACGGCAAGGACAUCAUGGUCUGCAUCGUUGCUGCCAUGGGCGAGGAGCAGGCCAUUACCUGGAAGGAGGCUCCCGCUGAUAAGUAA